AUGGCUGACGGAAUGGGUCGCUAUCACGAAGUGAACGACAAAUCGGCGACACACUUCUGCAUCUGUCAAACCAAACAUGCAAAUUAUCGCGAGGUGCAGUUGGCUUUCAAUUCCUAUGUAAAAUUACAUACCUCUCCGAAAAUCUCGUUAAUGAAGAGGACUUUUUAUGGUUCUCGUCAGCAUUCACCGCUUCAGCAAGUUCCUGACGUAGCUGAUGGAUUCGACGACGCUCUUCCUCCAACCGGAGACGAUCAAGCCGAAGAAGUUCACGCUCUCUUUCUAGAGCAUCUUCUUCUUGCCGAAGGCGCUUGCGGCGACUGUCAUCUUGGUGCCCAUCAUUUAUCAGACCUUUCUCACGUAUCUCAUUCUUAUUGUGACAAUAAGGGCUUUCGCAUGGACGCGAAAGCCGAGAACGCAGUGUUGGUGAUCUGA